AUGCGCCCCAACAUCAUCACAGAGGCUGGGAUUCCAACUAGGUUGAACCAGUGGUGGAGCAGCAUUCCAUUCGUUACUUCUGGUGUUGUCUUGAUGUGUGGAGUAAUUUAUCUGCUGUGCUUGUUGAUUGGCUAUGACUCCUAUGCGGAGAUAUGCUUCUUGCCUUCUGCAGUAGCAUCGCAUUUUCAAGUGUACAGGUUCUACACAUCUGUUCUCUUUCAUGGUUCUUUGCUUCAUGUGCUAUUCAACAUGCUUGCCUUGGUACCCUUGGGCACUGAGCUGGAGAGAAUUAUGGGAUCAGUCCGCCUCUUAUUCUUGAUGUUCCUUCUUGCAACAACAAAUGCAAUUCUCCAUCUCACAAUUGCUUUCUUGGUGGCUUACAAUCCUCUGUAUCCUGUUCCAAAUCUUGUGAAUGAAUGCUCCAUUGGCUUUUCUGGAGUUAUAUUCUCAAUGAUUGUCAUUGAAACAAGUCUGAGUGGUGUGCAAUCACGAAGUGUCUUCGGCCUCUUCAAUGUUCCUGCAAAAUGGUACGCAUGGAUUUUGCUGGUGCUAUUUCAGUUUCUCGCAAGAAAUAUUUCAUUGCUGGGGCACCUGUGUGGCAUCUUAUCAGGAUUUGCAUACACUUAUGGGCUGUUCAACUACUUGCUUCCUGGGCCAUCAUUUUAUUCAAAAAUCGAAGGCUUGCCAGCACUAUCUGUUUGUGUGAGGCGUCCCGGCUUUAUUAUGUGUACUGGAGGCACUACUUAUGGUCAGCUUCCAACAUACUCUAACACGUCUGCUGCACCAAGUGCUCUCAUAAGUGAAAAUUUCUUGAGAAAUAUAUCUUCAUGGAUGCCUAGCAGACACACAGCAACUGCUCAGGAAGGAGAAGACCCAAGGUUUCCUGGGAGAGCACGAACACUUGGUUCUGCAGGAACUGAACCCACUGCAAGAGAGGCAAGUGCACAUUUGCAUGCUCGGUUGUUGGAUAACACAACUCCAAGUGACCCACUAACGAAUACACAGCAUACAGCUGUGAACACAGUCAGAGCUGAUGCAACGGUGGCAGCUGAGCAGGUUGAUACAUUUGAUGAAGAACUUAAGAAGCUGAUUGGGAUGGACUUUGAAAAGACUCAGGCUGAAGUUGCUCUUGCUGCAGCUGAUGGAGAUCCAAAUGUCGCCAUUGAGAUUCUGAUGAGUCAGCAGAAACAACAAUGUGCAGCCUAG